GAAAUGGUAGAGCACCUCGAUGACAUGCUUUGGAAUGCGAAAGCGCCACCGCCCAGAGCGACAAAGCAGUGCCGGCCACGGGCGAAGGCCACCGCCUUUGCCUUCUCUCUAUAUCCCUGGUCUCACAUGUCGGAAUCCGUUGGCGCGGGCUUCAUGUGAUGCUUCGGCCGGGCGGAAGCCAAACGGUUGAGAUCCAUUCCGCUUUUUAGUUGAGGCAUUCAUUUCCUUCAUGUGCUCCAGCUACAUUCGCCUCUUUUCCUCACCCUUUUCUGUCUCGAUCUUUGCGAGCUCCAACUUGGGUGCUUCAGGUGUUUAUUUCUUCCCGCGAACCGGCGGUGGCGGUCAAGGAAGAGUGGGGGCUGAUAUUUCCGGUUGCUUCCGGAAAUGUGAGAUGGAGUCCUUCUUUCCUGGCGAUCUCUGGAUGAUUGGUGUUGGAUGCCCACUUUCUCUUUGCAUGGCGGUUGAUGAAACCUUGGUCUUAAAACAUUACCCGUCAUAGUUAGCAUUCAAGGCUUAUCUAGCUUCUACAAUUAAAGGUGAAGCUUUAGUGUUAUUUUUAGCAGUCAUCUCAAGAAUGGCUACAGUCCCAGCAUUGACCACCUUCAGAACCAUGUGCAUUUGACCAACUGCAUACAUUUGCAGAGCCACAUGCACCACGGCACCCCCUACUUUACAGAGAGAUCCCUCAAGAGGGAUCUCCUUAUGCUCCAGAAAUCUAAGUAUCUGAAAGAUCCCUCCACCAGGCCUGCUUCACGCUCUCCUUAUUUUGUGGCCGAUUUUGCUAGGGAAGCUGCAAAAGGUGGUUCAAAGAAUGGUAGGAGGAAGUCUAUAGGAGCCAACCGUGUAAGAGAGGUUGGCCAAUCAUUCAAAAUGUCACCACUUUUUGGAUGCAUUGCAACCGCAAAGGUUGCUGCUGACGAAGCAGCCAACGAAUAUGAUUUUGAGCAAAGAGAUAGGAUCACUAAGACAAGUAAAGAGGAAGAUAUGACUAGAAGAAGUUGGGAGAGUGAUAUUUCCUCUGGAAAUCAGGUUUCUCUGUGGGACAUGCCACACAAAGAUGUAGAGUUAGUGAAUAGGGAACUCAAUAAGCAAACAAAAGAUCAGAUUCUUCACCCAAAGGUACUCCUAGAGAAUUUGGAAGAAGUUUCCUAUCUGGCAGGAAACUUUUGCCGGAAGCCUUCUGAUUUGUUUCUGAAUGGUAAACAUGAGACUGCUGUGAGAACCAAUGACGAACAAGAAGGAAGAAUUUGUGACAGCUAUUACCAUUUGGAAAGACAAAGGAAGUUUAGGCUGAAAGGUACAAGGAAAACACGAGUAUCUGCUGAUUCAAGAGGUAUUGGUGCUUACCAUAAGCCAAUAGAUUUAUCAGGUCCAGUAGCCAAAGAGUCUAUGAAUGAUAAAGGUUAUCUGGAUGACUUAGAAGAGGAUAAUGUACUGGAGGUUUCAAAAGAUCCGAGAACUGUCUGUCGGAUUCCUUGGAAUUGGUCUAGGAUUCAUCAAGGCAAAACAUUUCUUGAUAGAUCUGGGAAAAGUUUAUCUUGUGGGAUGUCUGAUUCUAGAAUGAAGAGGCAUAGUGGAUCUGUUUCACAAAUAGAAGGAAAUGCUUCAAACCUGGCCACAGCAUCUGAUCAUUUCACUUCAUCAUCAAGUCCAGAAAUACCAUUACUUUAUGGCGCACAGGAAUCACAAGGUAGUGGUUCUAAUCAUUUUGUGCCUAAAGAUUAUUCAGGAGAGCUAGAAUUUUUUUCUAAUCAUUGUUCUAGAGAUGAUGAGGAAUGUAACCUUGUAUCUGCAGCAAGAUCCUGUCAGCAGAGAUCUCGACGCUGUGGGCAUGGAAGACACAGAAGUUUGUUGCAGAAAUACAUGCCAAAAACCUUCAGAGAUUUUGUUGGACAUAGUUUGGUUGUCCAAGCUCUUUCUAGUUCUAUUUUGAGAGGGAAAAUUGGGCCGGUUUAUGUCUUUUAUGGUCCUCGUGGGUCAGGGAAAACAUCUUGUGCACGAGUAUUUGCUAAAGCUUUGAACUGCCGCUCUCUGGAGCACCCCAAGCCUUGUGAUGCCUGUAGCUCUUGUAUCUCAUAUAACCUAGGUAAAAGCAGAGAUGUGCUGGAACUUGGACCCAUCAGUAACUUCAAUUUCAAAAGCAUAAAUGAGAUCUUCAAGAACCUGAUGCUCUCACCAAAAUUAUGCUCACACAGAGUUUUUAUUAUUGAUGAUUGCUAUAGAUCACUGUCUAAGUUAUGGAGUGUCUUAUCAAAGGUCAUUGAUCAAGCACCACGACAUGUGGUUUUUGUCCUUAUCUGUUCCAAUCUUCAUUGCAUACCUCAUAUUAUCCUAUCCAGGUGUCAGAAGUUCUUCUUUCCAAAAUUGAAAGACUCUGAUAUCAUCUCUACUUUGGAAUGGAUUGCAACCAGUGAAGGAUUAGAAAUUGAUAAGGAUGCUCUGAAACUUAUAGCAUCACAAUCAAAUGGUUCAUUGAGAGAUGCCGAGAUGACUCUUGAUCAACUAAGCUUGCUUGGGAAAAAAAUUUCUCUUCCACUUGUUCAGGAGUUAGUUGGUUUAGUGACUGAUGAUAAAUUGCUGGAUUUACUUGAUAUGGCAUUAUCUGCAGACACUGUGAACACUGUGAAGAGCUUAAGAGAACUUUCUGAAAGUGGGGUGGAUCCUGUCAUGCUAAUGUCACAGCUUGCAACUAUAAUUACUGAUAUUUUGGCUGGUAGUCAUGUCUUUACACAAGAAAAACUACGGGGGAAUUUUUUUUGCCGGCUAACUUUGUCCAAAGAAGAUAUAGAGAGAUUGCGCCAGGCUCUAAGGAAGCUCUCUGAAGCUGAAAAACAAUUGAGAGUUUCCAAUGACAAACUUACUUGGUUGACAGCAGCUCUUCUUCAAAUUGCACCAGAGCAGCAAUAUCUUCUACCUAGUUCAUCAGGUAGGAGUUCUAGCGGUGAUCAAGUGAUUAUGAGAGACAAACCUAGGAGUUCCACCAACAAGCAGGACGAGAUGCAAUCUGGGCAUAGGAGUUUUGCAGAAGGGGCUGUUCAGGAGCAUUAUAACAGUAAAGGUGUUGGUGAUAGAAGUUGCAGCGUUACAGUGGCUAAUGGGGCACUUCGUGGCCAACAGACUGAAAGUGAUUUUAUAUGCUCAGAUGAAGCCACUAGAAAAAGUAUCAUGCACUCUGGCAAGAAACAUGGUGAUACUGAAAAGAUAUGGCAGGAAGUACUAGAUCAUAUAUCAUCAGAUGCAUUGAGACAAUUUUUAUAUGAUGAAGGGAAUCUAAACUCAGUUAGCCUAGGUGCUGCUCCCACUGUGCAGUUGAUAUUCAGCUCAAGAACAAACAAAUCCAGAGCUGAAAAGUUUGAAGGGUAUAUUUUACAAGCAUUUGAAUCUGUUCUUGGAUCUCCAGUAACACUUGAAAUGAGUAGCAAAUCUAGCUUCAAUGCUACCUCAAAUCAGGCUGCUUGUUUCUGUAGCUUUGAUAGUGCUUCUUCUAAGGCAAUAAAAAAACCACAUUCGAUGAAGAAGCAAAAUUCACUUUACUCUGUCUCUGAUGAUCUUAAAGGAAAAUUUACAGAGGCAAAUGUUCUUAGAAAAAUUGGCUCCAAUCGACCUAGAUGGCUGGGUGCUGGUCCCCACAUCAUGAAAGAAGGUGAAAUCAUUGAAGCAGGAUCUCCUGAACUAAGAAAUAAAUCUCUGGGAAUGCAAAAAAUUGUGUGCGCACGGGAAGAAGCAUCAACUUCACAACAUCAUGCUAAUUUGAGUUCUUCCUCAGAGUGGAAGGAGAUUGAACACAAACAAAUAAAAAGCUUAGUCAGAGGCAAGGUCUCCCUGGCACAUGUUCUUCAGCAGGCAGAAGAUUGUUCCCAUCAAGGUGGACGGUCAAGAUGCAAAGCCAUGUCAAUAGCAAAAAAGCUUGAACAGGAAAACCUGAGAUUAGAGCCUAGAUCAAGAAACUUGUUUUGCUGGAGAGCUACAAGGGCAACUCAAGGAAAGCCCUUGAGACUACGAAUUAGGAGAAGGAAAUCAAGUACCUUGUCGAAGCUCGUAGCAUGCGGAAGAUGUCUACAUAAGAGACCACCAAAGUAGAUUCUGUCAACAUGGAGAAUAAAAAGGCAUAUGCAACCGUAGCCCGCCUUGCCGUGGUCAUUGCUGCCCUCUUUGAGGACUCCUUCCAUGUCACCUCUUUCUUCAAUGGAGGAAUCUCGCCGUCACUUGUUCCUUCUAUGUUCAUGUCCUCUCGAAAAUGAACAAGCAACAUAUUAUCUUCGUCUUGUAUCUCAAGCAGAGAACACCAGGUAUUCAAUAAUUUAAUUGUGUAAUGCAGUCUUCCAGAUUUCCAAUUUCACACAAUUACACAUCCAUCUA